GUGUGUGUGUACUGUGUGUGUGAUGUGUGUGUGGUGUGUGCGAUGUGUGUGUGGUGUCCACGCCGUCAAUGAACCGGUGGUGUUUUUGUCGUUCAAUGCAGACUGGGAACUUUUUAACUUUAUUGUAUUUUGCUUAAUCUAAUCUCAGAACCUUUUUAUUUAAUUGUCAUGGAAAUUACGGAGAGAUAAAAAAAUAACACCGGCCUCAAUCGCUUCGGCGUUUUCGCGUGAAUUGUUGUGAAAGUGUCGUCUAUCGCGUUAGUAACUAAACUAAAUCUCAACAUGCGGAAACGUUUGCGUUAGUUACGCAAGCGCGCAAGUAGUUCCGGCGCGGCGAGGUUGCGGAUGAACACCGCGGAGCGAGAGGCGUCAGGCGGUGAACUGUACAGAGGCUCUCUCGUCGCCGCUGCUACCUCGCUCGCGUCUCGUCAACUUCGCAAAACAUCAAAAAAAACAUCGCGCCCGUCAAUAGCGUUGCCGCAAUGAGUGGAAAGCGACCGAUCGAUCGCGAGAGCGCGGCCUCUGCCCGCAAGCGCAAAGUGAUCGAUUUGGGUCAGAAGAUGGAAAUUAUAAAGAAGCACGAACGAGGUCAAACUCUGUCGUCCAUCUCGCGCGAACUGGGCCUGGCCACCUCCACGGUGAACACGAUCCUCAAGGACGCCGCUCGCAUCAAGGAGCACGUCAAGGGGCUGGCCCCCUUGACGUCCACCGUGAUCACGAAGCAGCGCUCUGGCGCCAUCUACGAGAUGGAGCAGCAGCUCACGCUCUGGAUGGAGGGCAACGUGGAGGCGCUCAGCCUCGUGGCGGUGCAGGCCAAGGCCAGGAGCUUUUUCGAAGCCGUGAAAGGGAAGCACGGAGACCCCGACGCCUCGUUCGCCGCCAGCCACGGCUGGUUCAACAGGUUCAAGGCUCGCUCGCGAUCCGGCAACGCGGCGGUGAGCGGCGAGGUCGACCAAGGCGCGGUGGCGGAGCUGCUGCUACUGUAUCCACGCGUGCUGAGAAGAAUCAUCGACGAGGGGGGCUACACGGCACGGCAAGUCUUCAACGUGGACGAGACGGGGCUCUUUUGGAAGAGGAUGCCAGAACGGACGUUCCUCUCCAAGGAGGAGAACACGCGGCUGGGAUUCAAGCCUCGCAACGAUCGCCUCUCACUGCUGCUCGGCGCCAACGCGGCGGGAGAUCACAGGCUGAAGCCUCUGCUCGUGUACCAUUCGGAAUGUCCACGAGCCUUCAAGGGCAUCAGCAAGGCCACCCUUCCCGUCUAUUUCCGUUCUAAUCCGACGGCCUGGGUCACGGCGGCAAUCUUCGAGGAUUGGUUCGUCAAUUGUUUUAUCCCCGAGGUGGAGAACUACUGCCGGCACGAGGGCAUCCCGUUCAGGGUGCUGCUCGUGGUCGACAAUGCCCCGAGUCACCCCGCGCACUUGGACGACUUCCACCCGAACGUCAAAGUCGUGUUUAUCCCACCGAACGCAACGUCGGCCCUCCAACCGAUGGACCAGGGGGUGAACGCCAAGUGUAAAGCCUACUACCUGCGCAGGACCCUCGCUCAGGCCUUAGAGGCCACGGAGGGAGACGGCGGCAAGAGCUUGCGCGAGUUUUGGGAAGCCUACGACGUGUACCAAGCCGUCCAGAACAUCGCCAAGGCCUGGGCAGAUGUCACCCAGAGCUGCCUGCACGUGGCCUGGCACAAGCUGUGCCCUCCCCACGCGGUGGAGCCGCAAGGGCGCAGAGGCCCCGAGGUCGACGACGAGUCGCACGCCGAGUUGGCGCAGCGCAUCGUGGCCCUCGCCGCCGAGCUCCGGCUGGAGGUCGACGCCGCCGACGUCGAGGAGCUCAUCGAGUCGCACGGAGCGGAACUUUCUAGCGAAGACCUCGCGGCGCAGGCGGCGGCGGCCAAGUCGGUGGCCGAGGAGGAGGAGGAGGAAGAGGCUCGAGACGAGGCGGCCGAAGAGCCACGACGCUUCGACGCCGCGCAGAUGACCGCCGCGUUCCGCGAGGUCGCCGCGGCCAUGGCGCGCUUCGAGAGGAUGGACCCCAACGCCUCGCGGUUCUUGGAGGUGAACCGAGGCGUCGAGGAGGCGCUGGCCUGUUACAGGGAGAUACACGCAGAGAAGAAGAAGGCGGCCACCGUCAACUCGUCGCUCGAUAAGUUUCAAUUAAGUCGUCGGUCAUUCAGCACCAACACGCGCCUCCCCCCUGAGCUUCACGAGGAGCAAGCCAGCAAUUCCUGCGGCCCCCGGCUCUGUUCCCGCGCGACUGAAAUGGAGCGGCGACAGCCCAUUACCAAGUGGCACCAGUGCGGCCGGUGUACUUACAACACCCACCGCAGGGACCACAUGAGGAUCCACCUGAGGACGCACACGGGGGAGAAGCCCUUCAAGUGCAGUGACUGCGCGAAGGCGUUCACGCAGCUGGGCAGCCUCCAGACGCACCGGAGGACGCACACGAGCCAGAAGCCCUUCAAGUGCACCGUGUGCGACAAGGCGUUCACGCAGCUGGGCAACCUGAAGACGCACCUGAGGACGCACACGGGCGAGAAGCCCUUCAAGUGCGCCGUCUGCGAGAAGGCGUUCACGGUGUCGUCGCACCUCCAGAGGCACCAGAGCACGCACACGGGCGAGAAGCUCUUCAAGUGUACCGUGUGCAACAAGGCGUUUGCCCAGGCGGGGGCCCUUAACAAACAUCAGAAGGUCCACCGGGAGGUUGCGGCGGCGGCGACGGCGGCGUCGACGCCGGGGCGCGAAGGCCAAGACGCCGCUUCGAGCAUGGCUCCCCGGCAAAGGGAACCGGAGGGAAAUCCCGUGCGAGAAGCGCGGCCGGGGGUGAAGGUGAAACGCGAAGCGGACGUGUCCGCCGCCGCCGACGCCGCCCCAAAGCCCGGGCUUCACGGCGGCCACCUGGGUGCCCGUGCCGGGGAGAGGACCCACGGGUGCGGCGUUCGCGGCAAGGCCAUCUUCUGUUCGGGAACCCUGCACAGGCACCGUAAAAUCCACCCGGAGAGGAUGCCCAACUCGAAGCCGCCGCCGCCACCGAGAGAGGCGCCCCACGCGGCCCCGUCGAGCGGACGGGCGUUCAGCCUGGCGGACCAUCUUCGCGGCAUGAGGCACGGGCGUGCAGGCGUCGGCGGGGCGCACGGGUGUACCGAGCGCAGGAGGGCGCCCGUGCCGGCGAGAGAGCUCCCCGGUGCCCGCACGCCGGCGCCUGCCGGCGCGCGGAAGGUGACUCUCGAAGGCGGCGGCCGUGGCGCCGCGGUCACGGCUCCGCCAUCGAAGCGAAAGCGCGAAGGAAAUCCCGGCUUCGAGACGUGGCCUGGCGUCAAGGUGGAAGACGGAGGCGGGAGCUGUCAAUACGCCCCGCCGACCGUCGUGCGGGACUGCCACGGAGAGAGCCGAGGUGGCUGGGCGGCACGGCCGAGGGCGCCACGGGGACGCGGGGGCGCCGCCCCGAGAACGGACGACGAUGACGAGCGCCACGAUGAUGGCGCGUGGGGAGAGGGGGGGGAGGGGGCCCUUCCUUCUUCCUCCGUAGAGGAUGAGGAUGUGAGCGACACGGAGGAUGACGAGGGGUCAUAGAUGCUGUCCUAUGCUUUUUUUUAUUUAUUUUACCAGGUCAGGCCCACACAGAGCUAUGCGUAGGCCGUUUGAUAGCUCAACGAAGUGGCUUAUCAUUAUUGUCGUGUAGAAAUGUAUAGCAGCUAAAUACUAUAAAUGCACGUCGAUUCUACAUGUGGAGGGAAAAACUGGAGGACCCGGUGAAAAAUCCACACGAUCACAGGGAGAUAGACGCGCAAACUCCAAAUAUUCAGCAGGCAUCAGCACCGGGAUGGACCCCACGACCUCCUGCGUACCAGGCGAGGGAGUUAACAUCUCCUAGCCACCAUGGCGCAGGUGGGAGAGGCUCAACUGUUCCACAAGCCCUGGAGGAGGAGGAGCACGUGAAGAACGCACUUUGUUGCAGAGACCGGAGUCAAGAUUAAGUACCCUUCCAAGCACACGUCAAUGUAAUAUUUUCCGCAGUGGUCUUAACAACCCUUUGCCGUUCCGAGGCGUCUGCAUGUUGAUGAGGGGUAGGUUCCGGUCACCGUUGACUCUCGGAACACGCAAGCGGUUCGGCGUUAAUUUUAUUUAGAGAGGCUUUGUAGUGCCGUUGUUGUUAAAGACAUUGUACUCACCGCAGAGAACUGUAGCGACACGAUCGCACCCUGUGAUAGCUUGUUCCAAACUGUGCCACGCCCUCCCACAUGGCCUCGUGGGAGCCUCUUUAUGUUUUCCGACUUUGUUCCGAUACGUACGCAUGUGUACGUCCAUGGAACUGAUGAUGUACACAUACGUCAUCGGAAAGGGAAAGGGUUUAAUAAAUCCCAGUUGCCAUUUAAAUGCAUGGUCGCACUUUCGGGAGAUGUUUGCAGAGACCGAAAAUCGCUUAUUGGAGCGGUGGCGAAGCGGUUAGCGCCCUGCGCUAUGAAAAUCGGCGACCAGAGUUCGAUUUCCGCUCACGGCCAACACCAGUGACAGUUGUCUGAACCGGUGAUGGGCCUCCCCUAUGUUAACUCAGCCUCAAAUCUCUAUCUGAUGCAGUGUGUAAACAUCGCCACUGGGGAGACAAAAGCGGUCGGGCGGGUACUGGCCACCCACCACCUCGUGUGCAGUGGUGCCAGCCUUCGUAGGUAUUACUCGCUAACACAGCACUUGCCUCAACAGUCUAUUAAGGCUAUAUGGGGGAUCUUUGUGUGGGAGACCUCAGCUUUCCGGCUUGGUUAUCGGAUCGUACCACGUGUUGUUCGGCACAGUGUCUGACGUUUCUCUCCACGUGCUGGAGCUUCAGAGAAUUAUACAGCACAGCCGUGAAAACCCACACAGUAGAAAAUGUUGAUAUAAUAAUGUUUUAAUGUUAUAUAUAGCGUCGUCGUUCGCGCAAAUUGCAUCUCACAAUAGCUAAGGAAUCGCAGACGAAGCUGGAAGGUAGCCAGGCGGUUGAGCCGGCGCUAAAAAGUGCUGAAGCCCAAUUAAUGAGUGUUUGUGGAUUAUAUAUCCAUCAAGAGAAUCCGCAUGGAAGGAAAGCGUUUCAACUCAUCUCUUUAGGACAGAUUUUAGUUUGUGGUCCGUUCCCCGCACCUCCGAUUAGCAGAGUUGGCUACGUAAGGUUACGACAGAAGUUCAGUGACAUACUCGCGUGUGUGGGGAGGAUUCCACUCCUGCAGAAACACAAAACAAACAUCGUAAGAUGCACAGGAAGCAGAAGGUGACGUUUUAAUGUGAAGAUCAAGAUCCGAAGAGUGAGUCCAUUUCUCAUAGCAUUACAGGUAGGCCUCUACUUACGAUGCAGAUGCGUUACGACGACCCCAUCGUAAGUCGAAAAUAUCGUAAGUCGAAAAUGGCCCAGCCUACCCAGGAGUCUUGAAGAACAGAGCAAUUUACAGUACCGUACUGUAUAAACUAUAUACUGUAUUUAUUAAUUACAAUACUGUAUUGCACAGUAAAAGUAAAAAACAAGGUAAAUUCUUAGCCUACCUAUAUGAACUGCAAUUUCACAGAAAGCUUUUUCAGGAAAUAAUCCUAUCUGCUAUAAAAACGUUUAACAUGCAUUGAACACCGAUACAACUUAACUCAGUCGACCGCUGGUGAGAGUGAGAGGCAUCACCACACAAGGCGGGAGAUGCGUGCAGUAACAUCCCGGCAGCGUCCCAAUGUGCAGCAUCGUACCUCGUACGCUGCUGCGUUUGCCUGCCGCGCGAAAUGUAAAAUAUUUGACAAUUUUGUCAAAUCGCUAUCGUAAGAUCGAAAUAACGUAAGUCGGAUCAUCGUAAGUCGGGGACUACCUGUGUUGUUCCAUCAGUUUACCCAGGAAAGCCUCGCUUGGUCUCAAGACUCCUUUGAAGGAUCCUUGAAAGGUGUCUCAGCAGAGGGCGACACUUGCGAUGUGCGUCCCAAUCAUCACUCUGUCGGUCCCAAUCAUCACUCUGUCGCGUGUGGUCCAUGAUCUUCAACGUCCGCUCAGAAGCAGACGGCACGUACUAUUUUGUUAUGGUUAAAUACACCACCAACAUAUUUAAAGUCAAGUAGAUAGGUAAAAAAAAUGUAUUUUUUCAUUAUUUUUUUUAACCUAUUUACGUGAUCUUGGUUAUUUCGGUAAAGUCACGUAGAAGGGAAAUAAUAUAAAAAUAAAACAAAAUAAAAAUUCUCACGACGUUUCGGCCACAACACAAGCAGCCGUCCUCAGGUGAAGACAGAGCUGUCGGAAAGACAGCGUCCCAAUGAACACUGCUAAGCUUGGCAGCGUAUAUUUAAGCUGGGUCGGGGGGAGGAGAGCACCUUGACAAAGGAGUUUACAUAUCAACAGCGGAAUUAAGCAUAUUGAUGGAAAAUGCAGAUAUGGGAUUAGUCACUCCUUGUGGAAUGUGUACGUGACUUUACCGAAAAACCCAAAGAAAUAUGAAUUCCUGCAGUCACGAAAGCUUUAAGUCAAGAUUUACACGACUAACAGUAUUGAUCAGGGCGGCCGUGGGGCCUCGAAGCCCGAACCUCCACAAAGCAAGCGGCCACACGCGCUAUCGACCGGCAGGGUUACGAGACGAGAGCAAAACGCAUGGCUGAGAGACCCAUUCCGCCCCCGUGGCCAGCGGUGGAAGGGGACAUGUGAAUACGGAUCGUCCGUUCUGGGACCCCCAACCUCUGCCAGGUCGAGAGGGGAAGCGUGGAGGGCCUCGCCGGAGGUGUGGAGUCAACCGGCAUGUGGGCCUGGUGGAUAUUAUAAACUUUUUUUUACUUUACUAGGUAAGGCCAACCGAGCUAUCGAGCUAUUUUUUCACAAGCGACUUGGCCGCAUGUCACGAUCGCUCAACGAGAGCUGGAUUAUCGUCACGUGAAACGUUAUAGCGGCCAAAUACCCUAGACGCAUGAUGUUGAAGUCGACAUGAGGAGGGGAAAACCCGGGGGACCCGGAGAAAAAUCCACGCAACCAUGGGGAGAGAGAAACACGCAAUCUCCAUAUAUAUAGAGGCAUCAGGGUCGGGAUCGAACCCGCGGCCUCCUGCAUACCAGGCGAGGUAGUUAACAUCUCCUAGCCACCGUUGUAGCCAGGAAUGGGAGGCUAAGGAGCUCCACAGCUAAUUGUAUUUGUACGCAGACUUUAUUAUAAUAUCCCAACUGGAUAGUCCAUGCACUGCUGGCGGAAGUGCCUCCCAACUCUUCUGCUCUCCUUCGACGUCCCGACGUCUUGGAAGACGGGGUUACCCACUCUCUACCCCGCCACGCGUCGUGACCCCUUGUUGACCCGCAGCCUCUGUGCUGACCCUUACGCUGCAUGGCAGUAACGUUGUAGUGCGGUGAUUAAAUGUGUGCCAUGUAAUCGAUCAUAAUCAUUAAAUACGUUGUGAUUUGUGAUCA